AUGGCAGUGUCUGGUUACUGGCCGAUACUCUGUUUCGUGGUCCUGUGCCGUCUGAAGGACUCCCUGGGCCAACUGAACUCGACCCAAAUGGAUGAGGUCCUGGCGGCGCCCACGAGAGACUUGCCGCGAUUGAGUCUCUGGCUUCGCGGCAGCAGGCAGCACCAGGACGAGGCUAAUCCUUAUGUACAGUGGUUCCUGCAUCGCUCCAAUAUGUCACUGGAAAUCCAGAGCUACGAGGAGAAUCAGGAAUGGGUGGAGGAUCCCUUUGGAAGGGAUAACGUUGCUCUAGUCGUGAGCUUGGACCUGAUCCUGAGCAAUCAGGGAGCUGCAGCUCCCAUCGAAAAGGCCCCCAUGUUCUUCUACAUCCUGGAGGACCAAAGCCAGGACUUGACCCUCAACGAACUGGACAUGCUGGAGGACAGUUGCCGCAAACUGUGGAUGCUGCACAAGAUCUACAAUCGCUUCAUCUUGGCCAGGGACUCCAUUUGGAUAUACGAUCCAUUCCAGCAUCGUGGCUCGUCCUUUGGCCAAUUGAUUCGGUACCAUGGAGAGGAGCCUUUGAAUAGGCUGCUCUUUCACGACAUGCAGGGAUAUCCUCUGCGCAUCCAGAUGUUCAGAUCCGUUUAUACCAGGCCGGAAAUGGAUCCGGAAACGGGUCUCUUGGAGAGGGUGACGGGCGUGGACUUCCUGGUGGCCCAAACGCUCCAGGAACGUCUCAACUUUACGAUGUUACUCCAGCAGCCGGAUAAGAAUUAUUUUGGGGAACGCAGCGCCAAUGGGAGUUAUAAUGGCGCCAUAGGAUCUAUCGUAAACGAUGGCCUGGACAUCUGCCUGACGGGAUUCUUCGUCAAGGACUACCUGGUGCAGCAGUACAUGGACUUCACGGUGGCCGUCUACGACGAUGAGUUGUGCAUCUAUGUCCCGAAAGCCAGUCGUAUUCCCCAAUCCAUCCUGCCCAUCUUCGCCGUGGGCUACGACAUCUGGCUGGGGUUUAUCCUGAGCGCCUUUGUGUGUGCUUUGAUUUGGUUGAUCCUGCGGAUCAUCAACCUGAAGCUCAGGAUCAGGGACAGAAGCGACCAGCACCUGCUAAGCCAGGCCCUGGGAAUCGUAGUCGAUACGUGGGUGGUGUGGGUGAGGGUUAACCUGUCCCACUUGCCGGCCAGCUAUGCUGAAAGGAUGUUCAUCGGGUCGUUGUGCCUGGUGAGCGUCAUCUUCGGGGCCAUUUUCGAGUCCAGUCUGGCCACUGUCUAUAUCCAUCCCCUGUACUACAAGGACAUCAACACCAUGCAGGAGCUGGACGACAGCGGCCUGAAGGUCGUCUACAAGUACACCUCCAUGGCGGAUGACUUGUUCUUCAGCGAAACAUCCCCGCUCUUCGCGAGCCUGAACAAGAAGCUCUCCUGGAAUCGGAACCUCUACGCGGAUGUGAUCGACGAUGUGGCCCGGAAUGGUGGCAAGGCGGGUGUAUCCCGGUACACCUCCCUCACCCUGGAGUCCUCGCACUUUAUGCUACUCCGCAAAAUCUGGGUCGUUCCAGAGUGCCCCAAAUACUACACCAUAUCCUACGUAAUGCCGCGGGACUCCCCUUGGGAGGAUGCCGUAAAUGCUCUUCUCUUGAGGCUCCUUAGUUCGGGACUAAUUGUAAAGUGGAUACAUGACGCCAAGGCCAGGGUGGACAUCAAGAUGGGCUUGUCCUUCAUGGGAGGGGACUCUGACUCGGACCUCCUAAGAGUCCUUACUAUCGGAGACCUGCAGUUGGCCUUCUAUGUGGUGAUUGGCGGGAAUUUGUUGGCCUUUUUGGGAUUUUUUAUGGAACACUUUUGGCAGAGAUUAUUGAACAAGGGGAUACUGUCCAGUAAGGGUUUUUUGAUGAAAUAA